AUGAAUUCGGUGGAGCAAGAGACAACCAAGGCGCUUGAGUCGCUUUCGUUAGAGGAACUUUCACUUCUGAAUGAACGCAAAGAAACGUUAAAAAAGGAUCACGCAGCUUAUGUUGGUGCCCAUCCAGAGAUAAAGACACUAUUAAGCAACUUUAUGUCGGCGCUCUUGCUCGAGAAGCCACAAGAUGUUUUGGCCUUUGCGAUCGAGCAUUUUUCAGCUUUUCAGCCUUCAACUAUAGAGUUACAACCAAUUGUCAUCGCAGGUCCUUCAGGUGUAGGCAAAGGAACGCUUAUUAAUAUGCUACUGGAAAAAUUUCCAGAUGCGUUUGGCUUUUCAGUGAGCCACACGACCCGCGACCCACGUGAGGGCGAGAAGUGCAUGGAAAUUUAUAUUCAGGGUGUGCAGCAGGUGAAAAAAUCUGGCAUUGAAGCUAAGUAUCUUUUCAUCGCUCCGCCAUCCAUUGAAGAGCUUGAGCAACGUUUGCGUGGACGUGGUACAGAGACGGAGGAAAAGAUUGACUUGCGCCUUAAUAAUGCUGCGGGUGAAAUGGAAUUUAGUCUGCAGCCAGGAGCAUUUGAUGCCAUUCUCGUCAACAAUGUGGUGGAAGAUAGCUUUGAUGAGCUUGUAAGUAAGAUCAAAGAGUGGUAUCCGACGGUCGAACUUGAGUAA